AAUGGAUGAAAGACUCGCAUCAUGCUUGUUUACCCAGUAAACGUUAUCCCUUAGGAGCCGUGAAGAAAAAAAAUAUUCUUCUGGGACCUGAUUUCCUAAUGUUUUUCUUUGGCCUAUGCAUUCAAUGCAGACUGAAGAGCACUGCUGACAUAGAAGCAAAACGGAUGAACUCUCCACCUAACACAGAACUCCACUUUCUGGAAUGCUAAGUGGAAAAGAGGCAUUCUUCCAGCUUGAAAUCCAGUGCAUACCAAUAAUCUGAGCACUUAAUUAAACUAUGAUGAGAAGACAGUAUCUGAAAAACAAAAGAUGAACCCACUUGAUGCAACAAAAUCAGGAUUUUUAGCGUGCAUUGCUGUCUGUAUGUUCAUCUGCACUUUUAUCUACCUAAAGGAUACACUUUCUGAAAAGCCAAAUGAACAAAAAAUGAAUGCAAAUAUAGCAGAGUGUGGCUUUUACCCGGAUGAACUUUGUUCAGCUCUUUUUGUGGGGAAAACUGCUGCCUGUAAAAUUGGAAACUUUUGUCAGAAUACCUACCAACCUAAAGCACUCAGCUGCAUUCAGACUUCGUGCAACUGCUCCAUGGUUUUGAAGACUCUGCAUUUUAUCACAAGACCACUGUCAGACGAAGAAGGAAAUUUCUCAUUGGCAUACAUUAUCACAAUUCACAAGGAGCUGGAAAUGUUUGUAAAGCUGUUAAGAGCUAUUUAUAUGCCUCAGAAUAUUUACUGCAUACAUGUUGAUGAAAAGUCACCAAAAGAUUAUAAAGCUGCUGUACAAAACAUCGUUAAUUGCUUUGAAAAUAUUUUUAUUUCCUCAAAAAGAGAAAGUGUUGUUUAUGGAGGAUUUUCAAGGUUACAAGCUGAUAUUAAUUGCAUGAGAGAUCUAGUUCAUUCCAAAAUUCAGUGGAAUUACGUUAUUAAUCUGUGUGGUCAAGAUUAUCCCAUUAAAACAAACAAAGACAUUAUACAAUACAUCAAAAGUAAAUGGAAUGGUAAAAAUAUGACCCCCGGGGUAGUCCAACCACUUCAUAUGAAACACAGGACAAAUGUUAGUUACAGAGAAUAUAUACAUUCUGGGACGUCAUACGUGUAUCCAACAAAGACUAUAAAAGCUAGACCUCCUUAUAAUUUGACAAUAUAUUUUGGUAGUGCCUAUUACAUACUAACUAAAGAAUUUGUGGAGUUUACACUGACUGAUGCACGUGCAAAAAGUCUGCUUGAAUGGUCAAGAGACACGUACAGCCCGGAUGAACACUACUGGGUCACACUGAAUCGUUUAACUGAUGCUCCAGGGGCUACACCCAAUGCAGACUGGGAAGGAAACAUACGAGCCAUUAAAUGGAAAGAUCAAGAAGGAACUACACACAAAGGAUGCAAAGGUCAUUACAUCAGAGACAUCUGUGUCUACGGACUAGGGGAUUUGCAGUGGAUUAUUGAGUCACCUCAUCUGUUUGCCAACAAAUUUGAGCCUGCAACGUAUCCGCUUGUUAUGGACUGCCUGGAGAGACGCUACAGGCUUAAAGUACUGCAACAGGCAGAAGUCCCUAUUGAAGAUCACUGGCGUUUUCAGGAAGAGAACUACUUCAACAUGAAGCUGAAUGUUUGA